GUGCACAUGUGUAUGUUUACAUCAACAAAUGAAAGUAAACCUUGGACUAACCUUUGAUGUUGUUGGACUCUAAUGUUAUAUAGUUUUCAAGCUCAGCUUAUAGUGUGUGCCCAGUGGUUACUACUCAUCUAGUGAAGGCAGGCGGGUCUUGGUGCUACAAGGCAGUGGCAGAAAAUGGACCACCAUAAAGAUUCACCAGGUCGUAAUAACAAUAUGAUGAAGUACACGUUUUCUCCUCACAUGCUGAGGUUUCGCUCCGAGAACCUGAUGUCUGCCUCCCUCUCCGAAAUCUCGCAAGACACCCAGGAGGACGAGAACGAGAGCAACCGCCAGGUAUGCAAGCAACCCACGGCCAAGGACAGUAACGUCAACAAAGAUAACGCUUACCAUGACGACCCGAGCAUCAGCCUAAUGCUGGAGCGGACCAAGUCGUCGUUGAUGCUCCUAAGGCGACAGAGCUCUUUCACCAGGAAGAAAAUUCAGUGGGAGAACACCUAUCGCAUGGAGCCUAAACCAAAUCUCUAUUUCAUUUGGUGGAAGGUGAGGAAUGCGAUACAAAAGCUUAUGACCCCCGUCUUUGAAAACUACAAAUAUGACGGUAAAGUGGCGCCCACUCUUUGCAAGCUAAUAGCGUCCAAAUGUCUGGCACUUGUUAAAAGGAGAUUUGAGUUUCCACGGUAUCGCUACUUGUGUCACGUGACUCUGGCACAACUCAACAACCAAGGCAUCAUGAUAGGCGACCGCUGUGUCUGGAAUACAGCUUUUGAUAACUACGCCCCAUGUGUUUUCAAGACGAAAACCGCCGUCUGUGUCAUAACCUUUUAUGGAAUUUAUCUGGAAUAGCUUAUCUUCAGUACCGUCAGAAUGGAUUGGAAGUUUCUAUCUUCUUGUCUACUAAUUGGUAGUGUCGACUCCCAGUGGUGUCUAGGUAAAGCUGUACAUAAUCGCCACUGUUCUACAAAACAUUAUCAAGAUUAUAUUUGUUAGACCUUUUUAGUACAGGCCUACAACUUUUAAAAAUGUUUAU